AUUUUUGUUGGUUAAAUGUGGUGUGAUUACGAGAUGCUAUCGGUGUUUGUUUGAACUGUUAACUUUAUUGUAAUCGUGGAGUUAUUUUCGACUCGAAGGAGGGACAAUCGUUGUACAGAUGAAGUUGCGAAUUCGUUGUGAUUUGGCCUCCGCCUCGAGUGUUGUUUUUUGCUUAAAAUCGACGUGUUUAGAUGGUUGAAAGUAUCAGUUCGAGUUAACAGUCAACCAACAAACAACAAUUAAAUCAAUUCUUUAUUUGUGAAUCAACAAACAAUCAACAACUAAUAAUCAAAAUGAAAGUUUUCGCUAUUGUCGCUCUUUUCGUUAUCCUCGCUGUUUCUGCCACCAUGGCUGACCCAUGGAAGAAGGACAAUCACUGGGGUGGUCAUCAUCAACAUGGUAAAAUCGGAUACAAAGUUGAUGUCAAGCACGGUGGCUGGGGAAAACACGACAAGGGAUGGACUGAACUUUACGAUUCACGAGACAAAAGCACUGGAUGGAAAUCACAUGGACACGAUAACGGUCAUGGUCACGGUCAUGGUCAUAAUCACGGAUGGAAAAACUAAGAACUUUUAUCUCAAUUGGUUUAACUUAUAAUGUUCAUCUACCUAAUUUAUUCUCCAUCACAAACUAAACAUGUAAUUUGAAAUAAACCUCAAGUUAAGUCAGCAACUUGAUUUUUGUUUUUAA